GUUAACCUCCAUGUUCAGGAGUUAACUGAUCCGAAGUAGACUGGAUGUCUCUAACUCGACGGCUUGAAAGGGAAAAAAAAAAUGGAUGAAGUUCAACAAGACAUCCCACUCACACAGGCCGCCGUCGACGCCAUACCAGACAACCACAUAGACUGGGCAAGAUUCUUCGAUAUCCUCGGCCAGGACUUGGAGCAGCCUAAAUGGCCUGCAUUUCUGAACCACCUCGCACAGAAUAUGAACGAUCUAUAUCUCGAAAAUGAUGACUUAUCCGAUCUCGAACAGGCUAUCAAACUUACACGGGGCGCUGUUCAUCUCACGCGCGAAGACGAUGCAGAUCCCGAUUACCCAGGGUACCUGAAUAAUCUGGCGAAUCUACUCGGCGACAGGUACAUCAGGACGGGGUCAAUAGGAAAUCUUGAAGAAGCAAUCGCCGUUGCACAGCAGGCCAUCCAUACAAUACCGAAGAACCACCCGAGUCGGCCAAAGUACUUGAAUAAUCUGGGCAAUCAGCUGAAUGAUCGAUAUCUCAUAACAGGCGUGCUUGCUGACCUGGACGAAGCCAUCCAAGUUGGCUGGGAAGCUAUCCGCCUCACGCCGGAAGACCACAUCCACAGGCCGGCACUGUUCAAUAAUCUGGGGAAUCGACUCGGGGACAGGUAUCUCAGGACAGACUCCCUAGGCGACCUUGACGAAGCGAUACGCAUCAAACGGGAAGCUGUCAAAGCCACGCCAGAGAACCACCCAGACCGCGCAGGGCGCUUGAAUAACCUCGCAAUCGAGCUGAGUGCCAGGUACCUGAAGACAUUUGACCGGUUAGACAUUGAAAUGGCCAUCCAGGCUGGUCGGGAUGCUAUUAGAAGCACGCCGGCCGGCCAUGCAGACCUGACGAUGUAUUUGCACAGCCUGGGCAACUCGCUCGAUUACAGCGCCGAUGCUUCAAACCUCGAAGAGGCUGUCAUGGUUGGGCGGGCGGCCGUCAAUGCCACGCCGCGAGACCACCCGGACCGGGCCAUGGCCCUGAACAGUCUAGGGAAGCGCCUCGGCGAGAGAUUCUUGAAGACAGGCGCAUCCUGCGAUCUCGACGAGGCUAUCUCAUGCCACCAUGGGGCUUUGUAUCAGGAGAAUGCGUCCACCAUCCAUCGCAUAGUCGCUGGUCGAGCGGUAAUUCAACUUUGUGCAACCCGUCAGGACUGGCUACAGGGGUAUACAGCAGCGGAGACGGCUGUUGACCUUGUUCCUAAACUAACGAUGCGGCCGCUCGAGAAUUCAGAUAAGCAGUAUAUGCUUGGUCAAGUGGUUGGGCUUGCUUCUGAGGCCGCAGCAGUCGCAUUGAAUGCACACAGGGCCCCAUCAGUUGCGUUAGGAUUCCUUGAGCAGGGGCGUGCCCUACUUGCGGCAUCUCUUGAAGAGAUGAGGACUGAUAUCCUUGAACUGCAAGAGCGGUGCCCGCAACUGGCAAGGGAGUUUAUUCAUCUUCGAGACCAACUCGAGCCCCCGAUGGACUUAGAUGCCGCAUCAUUAUUACUAUCAGUUGAAAACGAGAAGAAGGGACAGUCAUUCGAACAGGUCCAAGCAGACACGCGACAUAAAGCAGCCAGCAAUUUCGACAGGCUGGUCGCCGAAAUCCGCCAACAACCAGGAAUGAACGACUUCCUGCUUCCGCCCAGCACAGCAGACAUGCAAACUGCCGCCAGAAAGGGGCCCAUCGUGCUGAUCAACGUCAGCGACUACCGCUGUGACGCGAUUCUGAUUGAGCAGCACCGAAUCCGCUCCCUGCCUCUACCCGCCCUGCACAACGUGGACGUCAAGAAACGCGCCCAGUCCGGCGACCUGGCAAGUCUCGGUACCCUGGGAUGGUUGUGGACCACUAUUGCCCAUCCCAUCCUCCACGCUCUCGGGCUUUCCCAACCCCCGUCCGCCAACGACGACUGGCCGCACAUAUGGUGGAUCCCUACAGGUUUCCUGACGAAGUUCGCCAUCCAUGCCGCCGGCCGAUAUAAACAUGUCAGUGGUGGCGGUGGUACUGGUGGCGUAGUAUCCUCCUGCGAGUCCGUCCUGGAUAGGGCCAUGUCAUCCUACAGUUCAUCCGUGAAAGCAAUCAUCCACGGCCGCAGGCGCGCAGCAGCGACUAGUCCUAGUACGACCUUGACACCCGGGGGAGCCACCACCCCCCUGCAGCAAGCGCUCCUCGUCGCCAUAGAGCACACGCUUGGGGAAUCGCCGCUCCCCUUCGCCGCGCAGGAAAUCAGAACCCUACACCCGCUGUGCGCGUCCAUGGGCCUCACACCCAUCUCCUCCACCGGCGGGGGCAGAGGAGCCGUGCAGACCCAUCUCCCGCGGUGCAAGAUCUUUCAUUUUGCAGGCCACGGGUACACAGAUACCUCCGAUCCAUCGAAAAGCCAUCUCCGUCUGCGGGACGCGCAGGUUCUCCGUGUUGCGGAUCUCCUUGCGAUGAAUAUCCGGGGAUCUUCGCCGUUCCUGGCGUACUUGUCUGCGUGCGGGACGGGGCGGAUCCGCGACGACAGGUUCGUGGAUGAGAGUAUUCAUCUGAUUAGCGGGUUUCAGCUUGCGGGGUUUCGGCAUGUUAUUGGGACGCUGUGGGACGUGAAUGAUGAGAUUUGUGUGGAUGUGGCGAGGAUCACUUACGAGAAACUGAGGGAUAGAGGGGGGUGUGGAUGGGGGUUGGAGGCGGAUGAGGCUGUUUGUCGCGGGCUACAUGAGGCGACGAGGACGCUGAGAGAGCGGUGGCUAACUGUUAUGUAA